AAAAAUACCUAUAGGUCAAUAAUGAAAAUGACGUCAUGACGCAAGGAUAUUGUCAUAACUUAACAGGUUUCUAUUGGUUUAAUUUCAGUGUCAAACUGUGAAUUUUAAAAAAAGUAGGUUCUUGUAUGUACAUUAUAGGAAAUUACCGUAAGCUGUUGAUAAGGUAGCACUUCCGACAAGAGAAAAUAAUUUGAGCACAGGUUUCAAACCUAUUUUUUAUUUUCUACUAGCAGUAGUAAAAAAAAUUCUAUAUAUCCCUCGAGAGAAAGUCAUUAUAUACCUUACGCAUUAUAAACCUCGGCGCUCGGUAUAUAAUGACCAACUUUUCUACCUAGGUAUAUAAUGUACUAUUAUGAAAAAAAACUUAUUUAUUAGGUAGGCGAGUUAUGAGCUUCUUUGGCACCCUUUCAGUAAUACUCCGGAACUUUGCAGCAAGGAAAAAGGCACAAAAUUCCUGUAAUAAUUUCCAAAGCGCACAGUCCCAAUUGAAUUGUACAAAUAAUGUAUUCGAAUCGUAGGACUUCACUUUGUAAAAACAUUAAGUACACCACACCAACCAAUGAAGGAAUUGUGAGUAAAAUUGCAACAAUUAUCAGCCAUUCUAAAAACAAAUACAAGGUAGGUAUUAUUAACUUAAUUAGUUAUUUGUAUAUUUACUUACUUUUUUCUGUUAAAUUUCCUCUUCGUGCAACAAUAAUUCUUAAUAUUUCUAUGCAGCAUACAGACACAAGAACCGCAAAAUCGGUUUGGAAAUGGUGCAGUUCCAUAAAAUUAACAUACUUUACAACGUUCAUGCCGAUUUCGCAAACAGCAAAUAAUCCAAAAUAAUAGGAAUUUAAAUAAAGGAGUACCUCGAAGGUUAGGGAAGUGUUAAUUCUACAAUUAUCGGUCAUUUUCCUCAAUUUGUUUGUAUCAAAACAUGUUUUAUAACAAAGUAAAGUGCCUUUUGAACAAAUCGAUAUUCAAAUUGUUUCAGAUGCGCGCGGUUUUUGGUUUGUAAAAAAAAGAAGCCAUCGAGGCUAGUGCCAUCUUGUGGCUAACUUCACUCACUCUCUAAAUAAAUCCUAACCCUAACCUAAAAAAUAUAUAAAUACAAAAAAAAAAAAGCAGAUUAAUACUUUAUAGAAUGACCGAGAAAGCAUCCAUAGAACGUGUUAAAGCGAACGCCCAACUUGCAAAAGAUACAAUUAAUUCACUUAAAAAUGAGCUUGGUUUCAUAAAUAGAGAAUACAAUAACAUUUUGGCAAUGCAGCUUAAAGAAGAAAACGCAAAACUUCAAGCAGCAGUGGAACAAGCUAAAAUUAAACUGAUAGAACUUGAAAUUCAGAAUGGGAUCAAACAAAUUCCAGUCCCAAACCAAAAACAAGCCACAGUCUUGACAAGUGCCGCGGUCACAGAACCACCUCAAAUCCAACAAGAACCCCAAAACGAAUCUGCUAAACCCAAAAAAGAGAAAAAACCUAAAGAACCUAAAGCGCCAAAAGAAGCUGCUGCCGAACUGCCAGUUGAUGUAGGACGUUUGGAUCUCAGAAUUGGAAAAGUGCUAGACGUACAGAGACAUCCAGAUGCUGACUCACUUUAUGUUUUGAAAAUCAAUUGCGGAGAAGAUAAACCUAGAACAGUUUGCUCUGGAUUGGUUAAAUAUAUCCCUAUUGACGAAUUAAAAGAUAGAGUUGUAUUGCUUUUGUGCAACUUAAAACCUGUUAAAAUGCGUGGUAUAACUUCUGAAGCUAUGGUAAUGUGUGCCAGUAGCGAUCAAGGCGUGGAAGUACUAAUUCCGCCAGCAAAUUGCGAGCCUGGCGAUUUGGUCCAUUGCGAGGGCUACACCAGACAACCAGACAGUGUGAUGAAUCCCAAAAAGAAGAUAUUCGAAACCGUAGCGCCUGAUUUGCACACCAACGACAAAUUAGAGGCAUGCUACAAAGGGAAACAACUCAAUGUUCCAGGAAAGGGUAAUUUUACUGCAAAGACUUUGAAAAAUGUUCCUGUUAAAUAAUAGAGCAUAUUUUUGAGAAUUUAGCUGUAUAUCGAUAAAACCUUAUAAAACUAUAUUGGAUUUUCAGAAAAAUAAUAAAAAUAUAAGCAAGAAUCAA